UCCAGCUUACAUUUACAAAAUGGAAACUUGACACAACUUUUAACUUUUUUUAUAAAAACGGUGUAUAGACUUAUAUUUUUUACUAGUCUAGUUCACCAAGCUACAUUUUUACGAUUUAAAAAAUUGAUGUGACGUUAAAUCGUUAUUUGAAUAAUCUCUAGUGAGUGAGUCACUGAUAAGUGAUGAUUAAUAAAACCAAAUACGUGUAAGAUUGUUACUAACUCUAGUUCUAACAGAAAAGUAACGAUGAGUUAUUAAGGAAACUGUUCAAUUAUUUUUUUUAACAAACCUUCCAAUGUUAGUAUGAUUUAACGUAGCCAAUAAAUUAAGAUUUCAAAUAUGACUUGCACCACCCUACGGAAACAACAGAAGUUGUCAACUUAGUGAAGGACAUGGAGAGAUAUCAGAAAUUGGGGUCGGCGGGAAGCAAGGGGGUAAAAUUCCAAGUGCAGGUGAUGACGGUGCUACUCGUAAACGCCCUUAAGAACCUCGACAGUUUCAAGCUCUCCUCUGAGAACAAGCAGGCGGGAAAAUUCGACGACGUGGUGCUCCAAUCGGCAGGCGGCACCAUUCUAUUACAAGCCAAACAUAAGGAGAGGAGGCCAGUCACGUUCGACAAUCUGUUUUCCUCGAACUUCAAAAAUGACUUCAGCUUAGUGAAGUAUUUCCUGUCGUAUCUAGAAAUUAAACAUAACUUCCCAGUGUCGAAGGUUAUUAUAUGCACUAAUGCCAGUGUUAGACUGGGUACGGGAGAACGAGAGCUUUUAAGUAGACAUCGGGUUGAUCCCGACAGCCUGCUGUACUGCCAAGGCCACAAUUGCGAGUUUUAUACGUUUAACGAUGAAGUUGUGCCUCUCUUGGAGGAAAGCCUAAGGAGAGGCGACACGGAUAUCGUGACGUUUACCGAAAGAGAUAUAGAAGACUUCCUGGAUAAUCUACAGCUUUACAGCGAUUAUCCCAACGGGGAAAACUUGGAGAAAGUAAUCGAACAGGUUCUGCUCACCAUGAAAUUCUCAAAUAAUAUCUUCUCCAAGAUCUCGUCCCAAGAUAUAUUAAAUAAAAUGGUCCGCUGGUACGAACAGACUAAAGGCGAAUACAUAACAGAAACCCGCGUGAAGACAAUGUUCUGUGAAAUAAGGAGCGACAAGUAUUGCGAAGUUUUGGACCACUACGCCGUGCUUUUCGACGACAACGAAUCCCCUUUCGAAGACUCGAAAACUUUGUUCCACAUCAUCGUCAAGGGGGGAUUUUUGUUGCAAGUAAUACGAAUCUUUCGCGUCCUACAGGUCAGUAAGGCGAAGGCGCUUUAUAUAAACCCCGACGACGAUGUGGAUAUGAAGAAACAAGCGAUUGAUUCGUUCGAGUUGCCUUCUUACGUUUUUUUAGUUGUAAUUUGUCCCGAACCGUUAUUAAGAGAGAAAUACACUAAGUUAAGAGAGAUUUUAACGAUGUAUAAACACAAAAAGAUCAUUUUGGUGAGUGAACGGGACGAUAAUUUGACCCGGGAGAUAGAACCAAAUGAUCGUGUAACGUUCGAGGGACCUGUGAAGUUCGUAGAUCUCACGGAAGACACCCGAGAGAGGAUGUUAAAUAAGGAAGUCGUGCUUUUUCAAGGAAAUAAAAUUAGUUUGAAAGAACUGUUGGGAACGCAAGCUGCCGACGGUUAUGGAAGAGCUGUGGAUUCAGAAAUACUAGAAAAGUUGGUGAAAAGCGUGGAAAUUAACGUGGGAUCCGCCGUACAACCCUUGAAUAAAGAAAUCGAGUGUUAUUAUAUACCUCGCAAGUUUACAAGGGAAAUCGAGGACGAAGAACGCGACGAGACGAUAGAAGAGUCGUACACAGAAGAAAAUAUAUACGAAGUCAACGACAAGUUCGUAAUAAUUGAAAACAGGGGUGGGAUGGGGAAAAGCACGGUACUGACCAACUUGGCGGCGGUGAUAAAGAGAAAAUACCCCCACCUCUGGGUUAUCCGCAUAGAAUUCAACAAAUAUAAAGACAUUUUUAAGGAGUUUCAGAAAAAAGAAAGAGACGUGAUAAGCGUGACGGAUCUGUUGGAUUCCAACGAAGCGACGAGACUGGAAACGGAGUUGGAACGGUUCGUGUUUUCCCUGGAUAGAAAAGUGGUGUUGAUCCUGGACGCAGUGGACGAGAUCAGCGAAGACGUCAAUCCCUACCUAGACCUUAUCCUUCACUUGUUCGAACAGUGCCAGGACGCAUCGAACAUCGCGAAGGUGUUCCUAGCCAGCAGAGAACACGCGAUUCAGGCACUGAUAGAAGAACUGCGUGUCGUACCUUUUAAAUUGUCACCAUUCGUUGAGCGAGACUAUCUCGAUUUCUUCGUGAGGUUUUGGACUUCCAAGCUGUCUUUAGCGGGGCCUGACGUGGGCAAGUGCAGGAUUUACGCCGACAUUGUAGUGAAGAGAAUGGGAUUGUGGAUAAAUCCCGAGUUUACCACCGGAGAUCGUUUGGUGGUCAUACCGUUGCAGCUGAAAAUGCUGGCGGAGAUAUUUCAAGAGAGCAGUCGAUUUGCGGUGUCCGACGAUUGGGACGGAUGUAAAGAGUUCUUGAGUUCGGAUAAGGCGAGGCCGAAACUGCCCAAGAAGGUGAACAUAGCAAAGCUCUUCAAGAUGCUUAUUGACAAGAAAGAGGACGGAAUCAUUGAUGAGGGACAGUCGAGGGACCCGGAAGCUGAUGAUCAAAUGUCUUUAAGAAAAUAUAACGAAUGUCUAGCGUAUCGGAAGAUGCUUUAGGGAUAAUUUUUUGAUGGUUUGGAACGACAGGCGUUAACCAGUUCGUUAAAAAAUGUGUCUUAUUUUCGAUUUUAUUGUAUUUGAAGAUUUCGUUAUACUUUUUACAAGAUUCUAUAAAAUUCAAUAUUUCUGCUCCAAAAUAAAUUACUUUUUAAAUAA